AUGGAGAACAUCACCAGGUCCCAAUUUGUGUGCGCUCGCUGCAGCAAAUCCUUUGAAACUGAGACAACGUACAAGAGGCACGGCUACUACUGCCGCUCAAGGCAGAUCAGCCAGAGGAAUUCGCGAAAACGGUCCUGCGCCGCAUGCACCAAAGCAAAGACCCGGUGCGAUUCAAAGCACCCAACAUGCUCGACUUGCAUAGCUAGAUGCAUCACUUGCCAGUAUUCCAAGGAGACUCUGCAAGGCAACAAGGCCUCGCAACCACAUACCUCCGUUGCCAGCACUAGGGCUAAAGAUGUGGUGUUCUGUGACAGCCUCUCCAUGCCGCCAGCUGCAGAUGAAGAAAUGCCAAGUAACGAAUUGAGCUAUGAGCAACUUGGCUUUCUCAGCCCACGAAUGACCGAGGGAUCUCGACCACAUGAAGCGUACCUUCACGCACAGACAGACCUCGCAGCUUUUUCUAUGUUUGACUCUAAUGCCAAUCCAUUCGAUUGGGUUUGCGAUAGCAGCACGGGACUAGGUUUCAACCCAUCUCUUGGAGCAAGCUUGUCGUUCUCUUCUAUGCCUCAAGUAUACGAAACCCCUAUUACUCUUUCACAGAGAGCUUCUAAUACCAUACCUCCGUCACCGUCAGAAAGUCUCAUUACGAGAUCCCUAGCGCCAAGAUCUUGGGGAAAGACGGGUGCGCAGAUCAGUGCUUUGCUUCUAACACGCAUACUUUCAGCGUAUCCGGCGAUGGUGAUGCGCAAAGAGACUUUUCCACCCUUCAUCCACCCAGUCUGCUUCACCGACUGCGGUGAAAUCAAAGGCUCGUUCCCAGAAGCAUUAGUAAAUUGCAUGACUAUAGCUCGGAUGUUCGUGAACCGCGGUAAAGAACCCACCAAAUUCAUGUGGAGGACCAUCAGAAUGGAGCAGGAGAGAAUGUGGUUUGAGUACCACGAUUUCGACAACUGGGAGCUUCUUGCUUCUGCACAAGCUCUUAUGAUAUAUACUCUCAUGCGGAUGAUAGAGGGCCCCAACGAAGACAAUGACUUCGACGCCCCACUAUUGCUGUCGCUCAAUGUAGUAUCUUCAACGCUAUCGGAAAGAUUCGGUGGAGAUGAGUUGAAGCAAGCACCGAGUGGGGACCAACAAGAUUGGCAGGAGUGGAUUUUCCACGAGAUGGAUACAUUCGCGAGGAUUCUGAAUAUGCUUAUAGAAAUCGACACUGCCGUGAGAUGUUCCCCACUCCAGGGGUUUAUCAUAUGUCCACUGCCGACGAAGAAAGUACUUUGGGAGGCCCGUGAUGCUUCGAGUUGGAGAGUAGAAUUUGAUGCGACUCUGAAAGAAAGAGAACUGUUUGGAGUAUCGACUGAUGGCCAGCUGACGAAGAUGCAAAUUGGAUCUGGGGGAAUAAGCACCACUGCAUCUGAUUGGGGAAAGUGUCUUCCUGAUAUAGAAAUCAGCCACAAUACACGACAUCUGGUUACGCCUCUUGAUUGUACAGUACUAGCCAGUGACAAGUUUAAUCACUGGCUCAGACAAAGUCAAAGCCCACGGACCGCUGAAUCUCAAAGAAGUACAAAAGAGCAUCUGGAUCAGAAUAAACCUCACACCAAAACCCUUCAAUCCUCUCACCCCGCUAUACCCACCCACAGCACCACACCGCAAAUGUCAUCGACCGCCCCCUUCCCAUCCUUCACCAAAACCUGGCACACCACAACCUACCCCUCCAUCUCUCCCACCAACCUCACCCUUUCCGCAGCUGGCAAGACCAUCCUAAUAACUGGCGCCGGCACCGGAAUCGGCGCCCGAGCCGUGCGCUCCUUCGCGGCAGCAGGCGCCUCAUCCAUAGGAAUCCUAAGCCGUACCUCUGCGCACCUACACUCAGUCAAGAACGCAGUAGAGAAAGAAUUCCCCCAUGUUAAGAUCUGCAUCCUCGUAGCGGACAUCACUCAAAAAUCCGAAGUCGACAAUGCUUUUUCCGAACUUACCGCGUUUGCAGGAGGAGGGAUUCACGUUUUGGUGAAUAACGCCGGGUAUGGGGAAAGGGAUCCGUUGAUCAGAGACGCGGAGCCGGAUGCGUGGAUGAAGGCUAUGGAGGUGAAUGUCAGAGGAAGUCUCAUUGUAGCUGGUGCGUUUGUACGUUCUGCAGCGGAGGAGGCAGUUGUGAUAAACGUGACGUCGUUUAUUGGUUACAGGCCUAUUGCCGGAUACUCGUCAUACGCGGCUUCGAAAGCGGCUGCGGUUGUGCUGUUCGAUAUGCUGCAGAUGGAGAAUCCAGAACUUAGAGUUGCGAAUGUGCACCCGGGGAUUGUUGAUACGGGUAUGACUAGAAGAGCCGGUGGGGUGGGUCAAGAUGAUAUAUCGCUUGCGGCUGACUUCAUGGUCUGGCUCGCCAGCGCGGAAGCCGCGUUUAUGAAAGGAAAGUACGUCUGGGCUAAUUGGGAUGUUGAUGAAUUAAAGGCGAGGGCAAACGAAAUAUCAGGCAGUAAUUUGUUAAAGAUGACGCUGGAGGGAUGGCAAGGUUAA